GAUAAUCACAAGCUGUACAAGCAGAAACUCGAGGAGCUGACCAAGCUCCAGGAUGGGAUCUCCAGCUCCAUCACACGGCAGAAGAAGCGGCUGAAGGAGCUGUCGUUGUCCCUCAAGAAAUGCAAAACCCACGUGAGCCCCGAACAGGAGGAGUCCAUCCGAGAGACCCAGAGCCUCAUCAAAGAGAGGCAGAACGUUUUCUUCGAGAUGGAGGCCUAUCUGCCAAAGAAGAACGGGUUGUACCUGAGUCUGGUGCUCGGGAAUGUGAACGUCACGCUGCUCAGCAAGCAGGCCAAAUUCGCGUAUAAAGAUGAGUACGAGAAGUUCAAGCUCUACCUCACCAUCAUCUUACUCAUUGUCUCCUUCUCCUGUCGGUUCCUCCUCAACUCCAGGGUGACAGAUGCCGUCUUUAACUUCCUCCUGGUGUGGUACUACUGCACCCUCACCAUCCGGGAGAGCAUCUUGAUCAACAACGGAU